AAACUCAAUCGCAUAUUCUAUGAAUAUAUAUACAUACAAAAGUAGCUAGCAAGCAGGAGGAGAGAAAAUACCUUCCCCACAUCUAUGGAGUCCAUCACCACAUCUAUGGAUUCCAUCAAGCGGGUAGCAGAGGGUUUAGCAUCUCUGCUUGCCCUUUUCUUCAUCUGUAAAAUUUGGCAAAAGAGGAAAAGGGAAGGAAGAUGCCGACUAUCGGAACCCAAUGGUUCUUGGCCAAUAGUCGGACACCUCGACCUGCUGACUGGAACCACACCUCUCUAUAGAACUAUCGCUGCUCUUUCAGAGAAGCACGGGCCUCUCUUCAGUCUCCAACUGGGACAAAUGCAUGCCAUUGUGGUGAGCAGCAUGGACCUCGCCAAGGAGUGCUUCACUGUCAAUGACCGAGCAUUUGCCGGUCGGCCACAGCUAGAAGGUUGGAAACACCUUGCCUACGAUCGUGCCAUGUUCUCAUUCAGCCCAUACGGACCUUACUUUUGUGAACUCCACAAGAUCGUCGCCACCGAGCAGCUGUCAAGCCAGCAAUUUGAGCUGCUCAAGCACAUCCGGGUAGACGAGGUGGGCUUCUUGAUGCGGCGCCUGUACGGCAGUUGCAGAAACCAUGAGCCGGUAGAGAUGAAGCAGCAUUUGACCUGCAUGGCCUUGAACAUCAUCCUUAGGAUGAUCGCCGGAAAAUGGUACUUUGAUUUGGACGGUGAAGGAAAAGAGUUUAGUGAAGCUCUGGAUGAGUUUGCCAAUCUAGUUGGUAUGUUCACCGUCUCUGACGCGAUCCCGUGGCUAGAUGUGGGUGGUCACCUCAAUGCCAUGAAAAGGGUUCACCUGAAGAUGGAUGAAGUUGCCUCGGCUUGGCUUGCAGAGCACCGCCGAAAGGAAUCCAGUAGUGCCGACGAGAAGAGAGACUUGAUUGACGUGGUCAUUAAAGAAUUAGAUGACGGUCACUUGUUCGAAAAUCAUCAAACUGAUGCCAUUAUUAAAGCCACCGGUAUGGUACGUUACCACCUCUCCUUCUGUUGCUCCUAUUUGUCCUUAAAUACAAAAAGUAGUAGACUAUUGAAGGUCUCAUGGACAGUGUUCCAGAGACAAAUAGUAGCCAUGUAUCUUCAACUUCGUCAUAGGUUGAUGAACUAUCUAGUAGUUUUAUUUUCUGUCAAUUGCAUCAUUUGGAACACCAAAGUCCAUCUAUAUGAAUAUACGGCAAAAGAGGAGUCUGAAUGUGUAACCCAAGAGGGAAAGACCCCAGACGAGUACCCACAAAGGCAGAAGCCGAUCGGGGAAAGUCAGAUGGUCAUAAAGAAAACUGAGGUUUUGGUAGUCACCCGGACGGAGGCCACAGCAAUCACACUUGAGUGGGCUCUCUCUCUUUUGCUAAACAACCCACAUAUCUUAAAGAAGGCCCAAGAUGAGUUGGACUGCCACGUGGGCAAAGACCGACAAGUGGACGAAUCAGACAUCAACAACUUGCCUUACUUGCAGGCCAUAGUCAAAGAGUCAAUGCGCCUAUACCCAGCGACACCACUUUUGCUCCCACACGAGUCAAUGGAACCCAUUCAACUUGGUGGGUUCGAUGUGCCGGUUGGCUCGACCUUUUUUGUUAACGCAUGGAAGAUUCAUCACGACCCGACAUUGUGGACAGACCCAGAAGAGUUCAAGCCAGAGAGGUUCUUGAGCAGCGGCAGUGAGAUGACCAGCUUUGGUGGUCAAGGCUUUGCGUUCUUGCCAUUUGGAUCGGGAAGGAGGAUCUGCAUUGGCUGGUGGAUGGCCAUGCAAGUUCUUCACCUAACUUUGACACGCUUGCUGCAGAGCUUUGAAUGGUUUACACCCAUGAAUGAGCCAGUUGACAUGACCGAGGGACAUGGCCUAGCCCUGCCCAAAGCAACUCCGCUUAGAGUGCUUUUGAGGUCUCCCUCCCCACCUCUAUUUGUUACUUGUUUUUAG